AAAUAAAAUGUCAAAAAUUUCCUGCCAUAUCAAAAAUUUCCCUUUUUAUUUCUUUUCUAGCAUUUCUCUACACGUUUUUGGAGGUAAGAUCAUUUCUGUUUGGAAAAUUUGUGUUUUAAUAUAAGUUUUUAUUCAGAAAUAAUAAAUUAGAUAUUUUCACACAUACGAUAAUCGUGUGAGAUAGACGAGCAGAAUGCAGAUUUUCGUCAAAACCUUAACUGGUAAGACCAUCACCUUAGAGGUCGAGCCUUCUGACACCAUCGAAAAUGUCAAAGCUAAAAUCCAAGACAAAGAGGGUAUCCCCCCAGAUCAACAGCGUUUGAUCUUCGCCGGAAAACAAUUGGAAGAUGGUCGCACCUUGUCCGACUACAACAUUCAAAAGGAGUCAACACUCCACUUGGUUCUGCGUCUUCGAGGUGGUAUCAUUGAACCUUCUUUGCGCAUCUUGGCACAAAAAUACAAUUGCGAUAAGGUAAUCUGCCGCAAGUGCUACGCUCGUCUGCACCCACGUGCGACAAAUUGCCGCAAGAAGAAGUGUGGACACACCAACAACUUGCGCCCCAAGAAGAAGUUGAAGUAGACCACUGGAAUAUGGAAGAUUUCGUCGUUUGCGGGGGGAAAAAUGCGUACAAACAAACGCAUUCUCCUUUUAUUUUUUUCUAUGUGUACAUCAGCUAUGUAUGAAUUGAAGUGAAAAUUUUACUUUGGAAUUAGCAUAAAAUAAAAUCCAAAAAUAA